UGUCGCGGCGCGAAAGUAGUGCUCUUUUUGUUCGUACGGUGGUGCUCAGUGCGUGAGUGGUGAAAUUCGGUGUUUACGGCAGUGGACAGAAGCACCAAACUCAACUCUGGUAGUGUGAAAAAACGCAAAGUUUGGUUCGAACAUUCUUCAUCUAUCCCCGAGAGGAAUAGCAAACUAAACGCGAAGCAGAAAGAAGAAAAACUGUUCAGUGAAGAGAAAAAAAAGUGUUAAAGGAUUCUUUUCAAUGAAAAAUCAACUGAACGUUGUUUGCAAAGUGCAAAAAUUGUUAAUCGGUAACGCGUAGUCGCGUUUUUUCUACUGUCGGAACUCCGCCAGCAGUGCACAGUUAAGUUGAGAGUGAAGAUUUUUGCAACUUUUGUGUGGCAUGACAGCCAACUCGGAAGCGGCUGGUGGCACCGAACUGGUCCCAGCAUCCACCAAGAAUAAUGCCAUCCUCCGAUGGAAACGCGUAACGAAUCCGAGCGGACCACAGCCCCGGCCCCGUCAUGGUCACCGGGCCGUUAACAUCAAGGAGCUGAUGGUGGUCUUUGGUGGCGGAAAUGAAGGAAUCGUAGAUGAGUUACAUGUCUACAAUACAGCUACCAACCAGUGGUACGUACCGGCCACCAAGGGAGACGUUCCACCAGGAUGUGCCGCAUACGGUUUCGUUGUCGACGGAACCCGCAUCCUGGUGUUCGGGGGCAUGGUCGAGUACGGCAAGUACUCGAACGAACUGUACGAACUGCAGGCCACCAAAUGGGAGUGGAAGAAAUUGAAACCGAAACCGCCAGAGUCCGGACUGCCGCCGUGCCGACGGUUAGGGCACAGCUUUACGCUGGUCGGCGACAAGAUCUACCUGUUCGGUGGGCUCGCCAACGAAAGCGACGAUCCGAAGAACAAUAUCCCGAAGUAUCUGAAUGAUUUGUACAUUUUGGAGAUUAAGAACAACCAGCUGCAGUGGGAGAUACCGACGACCUUUGGCGAGAGUCCUCCGCCUCGGGAGUCCCACACGGCUGUAUCGUGGUACGACAAGAAGCAGAAGAAGUACUGGCUGGUCAUCUACGGUGGUAUGUCCGGCUGUCGGUUGGGCGAUCUCUGGCUGCUCGAUACGGACACGAUGUCUUGGACAAGGCCAAGAACCAGUGGUCCACUUCCGUUGCCACGGUCGCUGCACAGCUCGACGCUCAUCGGAAACCGUAUGUACGUCUUCGGUGGGUGGGUUCCACUGGUGAUGGAAGACGUGAAAGCGGAGAAACACGAAAAAGAAUGGAAAUGCACCAACACACUAGCUUGCUUGAAUCUCGAAACCAUGACCUGGGAGGAGCUAGAUCUGGACACGGAAGAGGACAACAUGCCCCGGGCCCGAGCCGGUCACUGCGCCGUUGGCAUCCACACCCGGCUGUACAUCUGGUCCGGACGCGAUGGCUACAGGAAGGCCUGGAACAACCAGGUCAGGGUCUGCUGCAAAGAUCUCUGGUACUUGGAAGUCGAACGACCGACAGCCGCCUCACGGGUCCAGUUGGUUCGUGCUUCGACACACUCGCUGGAACUCUGCUGGCCCUCGGUACCAUCGGCGGCCUACUACAUCCUGGAGGUACAGAAGAUACCUCAACCUCCGCCUACACCCCCGGCAGCGCCAGCUCCGGCACCGGUGCCCAGCAUCACGCCUACGCCCGCAGCAGCAGCGGUCGCCUCAUCUCCAGCAUCAACACCAAUGGCUAUCGCAUCUCCGGUAGCCGUUGCCGGAGUUCCACCAUCUCCGAUAGCGGCCGGGUCGAUGUCUCCGGCUGCAGCGCAGCUUCCAGUAGGACUUACCACCGGGGAAGCGCUACUGCACCAACCAAUAAUGAAAACCCUUCCGGGUCGUGCUGCCGCUUCGCCGAUUGCCAUGUCACCCUCGCCGUUGGCCGGCAGUGCCAGUCCGAACAUCCUCCAGUCGGCAACGCAAGCCAUCAGCAGUCCGGUACACAAUCCACCGGGCAUGCAGUCUCCGACGCCGGUAGCCGUGGCCGUACCAUCCUCCCCGGUGCACAGUAUCAGUUCGCCCCCGGUGCAACGAAUCGUAACCAAGGUGCAGGCUUCCAAACCCAUGCAGCAGCAACAACAGAAACAAGUGCUAACACCGACGUCUCCGAUUCUGCAGCAGCAACCGACGCAGAUCAUCCAGGCACAAGUCCAAGCCCAGCAGAACGUUCAACAGCAGCAAGUCACCCAAAUCACCCAGCAGCAACCGCAGACGAUCCGGGUGGUCAGUGGAACUGGCACGAUUUCCAAUGCUCAACAUAUUACUACCGGUGCCGGAACUCCUAUCCGUGUUCUCUCAUCCACCGGGCAACAGGUACGAAUCGCUACCCAGCAGCCGAUGUCAGUUAAUGUCAGUUCAGCGAAUGUUCAGCAAAUUACCGGUCAACAGACGGCAACGGUCCUUCGAGGACAGAAUAUUGUUACUGCUGGAACGCAACUUCAGCAACAGCAGCGGAUCGUCAGUGCUCAAGCGGGAUCCACGACGACCACCGCAACGAUAGGUGGCAAGCAGAUAAUCCUGCAGAAGCCACUUACUAUCGUCGGUGGAACCGGCGGAAAUACCACCGGUUCAAUGAACAAUUCCAAUCAGCCGCAAAUAGUGACACUGGUCAAGACCAGCCAAGGAAUGACGGUUCAAACCUUACCGAAGAUGAACGUUCUACAGAAGGGAACGAUGGCAGGAACUAUGCAGCAGCAGCAGAUUGUCACUUCCAACAUGCUCGGAGGAAGUGGAACCCUCCAGCAGGCUACCGUUGGCGGCCAAAAGACGGCCGUCAUCGGAGGCAACGUGGUCAAGUUGAUGUCAUCCACCGGAACGAUAGGUGGCAAACAAAUUCUGAUGAAGAACCCUAACAUUGUUCAGGUUGGGAAGGUUGGCACGAAUGUCGCCGGUAAGCCAACGUUGGUCAUUACGAACAAAGCCGGCCAGCAGAUCCGAACCGGCAAUCAACAGGUCAUUGUGGUGACUACUCCACAGGGUAUUCGCACAGUCAGUGGAACCGUCACCUCGUCGGCCAAUAACUUCGUAUCGCUGUCAACUUCACAGAUGAUCAAUACGAUAUCGACAUCCCGUGCCACGACUAUUGGUGGGGCAACCAUGCUGCAAGCGGGCACGGUUGGAACCGGCGGAACAGCUAACAUCGGAGGACAAGCCAUCAAGCUUCGGGCAGUUCAGGGCGGAAAACCCAUCACCUUCACCGUUCCUGUCGGUCUCCAAGCAGCGGGUCAGAAACUCAGCGGAACUCAAAUUAUCAACAUGCAGCAGAAGUCUCUCACGAUCGGCGGUAAAACUGUGACCGUUCAGUUGGCACCCUCGGCAGGAGGACAGAAAUCGGUAACCAUUGUUCCAUCGUCGCAUGGAACAGGUGGUUCCGCCGGAGGAAUCGGAGCAACCAUGACCGGUGUUCACGGCCAGCAGAAAAUCGUGAUGUUGCCAUCGAAAACGACCACGCGGAUAGUUACGCAGCAGCAGUAUCAACAAAUUCAGCUACAGCAGCAGCAACUUCAACAGCAACAGCAGCAACAACUUCAACAACAACAGCAGCAGCAGCAACAACAACAACAACAGCAGCAGCAGCAGCAGCAGGAACAAGUCUCGACGGAUGCUGCCUUUGCUGCCCUCGCAGCUGAAGCCGGUCUCAUUGAGAACGAUGGCGAUCAGAUUGAACAGAUGGACGGAUGCUUCGAUCUGUUCCAGGAUGAAUCGGACGAAGAUGAAGACGACCUGGGUGCUCGAAUUGUGGAAGUAGACUUGGAAGGUGCUUCCGCAAGUAAAAAGAUGAAACUCUGGCCCGGUAUCAUUGAACAGCUGGACGGAUGCAAUGAUUUCCUGUCUUCCGACGAUGAUGAUGAAGACGUCGUCAUGAAGGAUGAAGAAUCCAGGGGGACACCUCGGUACGUACGGCUAGGUUUAUUUGGAGGUGCAGCUGCGAUCGAAAAUCACGAUGGGGAAUCGCCAGAGCAGCAGCAGCAGCAGCACGAACAAGACCCACUCGGACAAGGGGAACCGCUAGGCGAAGGUACAGCGGCAGCCGGAGAAGGAGCCGAAGCAAGUGCUGCGGAACCGAUGGAUCAGGACCCACAGGCUGAUCAGGCAUCGGCAGCCGAUGAGGGUGUCUCUUCGGCUGGUCUAGACGAACAGCAGCAACUGUUUGCGAGUGGUGGUGGCGAUGGUACGGCAGAAGACGGAACGGGCGAAGUAGACUCCAGCCAAACUGGAGGCGAACUGCAACAACAUCAAUCGGUGGACGGAGCGGAAGCAGAUGCCAGCGAGGCGGCAGCCGCGCAUCAAUCGGCGGAUCAUUCUAUGCAGGACUCUACGCUGCUGGCGGGAAGCGGUGGUAUGGAUGCAGGCCAGAGCGGACUCCCGGCGGAAUCGACGGAUAAUAUGUCCUUCGGAGAUCAACCGGAUAGCAGUGCGACGUCAACGCAAGAUGCGUCCAAGAAUGCCCUCGGUGCUCUAACGUCCGACGACACGGCCUCGUCGACGGCGGCUAUCCUGAGUGCCGAUUCGGCCACGACGUCCAGCAUCGGUACGACCGUCACCCCCGGAACGGUUCAACUGAUGAACGCGGACGGUACGACGACCACGGCAACCACCAUGGUUGUCAGUGUGAAUAGUGCUCCCACGGCUUCGGAAACCGAAGCGGCCAACAUUCUCACCACUAUCAAAAGCGGAGAGCUGCUUUCGCUGCAAAAUGCCGACCUGCUCGCCGCCGCCGGAUCCGGUGGAGACAAUAUUAUUCAACUCAACUCCGGUCUGCUGCAGUCCAGUGGUACAAUCGAGGGUUUCACGAGGGCACUCUCUAACGAAUCGCAAACUAUAACCUUCAAGACGACCGGCAAUGGCAGCGAACUGACCCAGGUGGCAACCUUGGCCGAUGGAACUCAACUGGUUGCACAACUCCCCAGUAGUGCCAUGGUAAAGUCGGAAGAUUCGGGAUCGUCCUCGACCGUCAACAACACCGGUACCGGUGGCCAUCUGGAUGCCCUGGCGGAGGCUGCUGCUUCGGCUACAUCCGUACUGUCCGAUCUGAUGAGCACGUCGACUCCCUCGACGGCUUCGACGACCAUCGCUGCCAGCCCGCAGCACCAGCAACAUCAUCAACCGACGACAACUACUAUCAAAUAUUUUGAUGCAGGCUCUAAGCAGUUUACGUUGUCGUCACCGUUGCUGCAAUCACCGGUCAAUCCACCAGCAAACAUCCUGAGCAAUAGUAGCAACGGACCCGCCGUUCCGACGGUUGUGACAACGAUUCCCGGAACUACGACCACAUUAGCAGCAGCAGCCAGCAAUAAGGUGACUACAAUGACCAAGACGGUGCGCGGUAUGAACGCGAAAGCGAAGGAUGAAAAGGAGGAGCCCAAGGUCAUCCGAAUCAAGGACGAAUCGGAAAAGUGGUUCACCGUAGGAAUCUUCAAAACCCUCUCGCACACCGUGUCCAACUUUGUCGACUUCGACGAGUGGAACUGCCUGUACGAUGGUGACACCCUUACCGCCGAUAACCUGCCCGAUUUGGUCAAGUUCAAGCGGGUGAAUCUGGAACCGGGCUGCGCCUAUCGCUUCCGGGUUGCUGCCAUCAACAGUUGUGGUCGCGGCGAUUGGAGUGAUGUCGCACCAUUCAAGACCUGCCUGCCCGGAUUCCCGGGGGCACCGUCGGCCAUCAAGAUCUCGAAAUCACCGGAGGGAGCGCACCUCUCCUGGGAACCCCCACCAUCGACCACCGGUGACAUCCUGGAGUAUUCCGUUUACCUGGCGGUCAAAUCGCAGAACGCCAAGGACAAGGCGAACCAAUCCGCACAGCUUGCCUUUGUGCGGGUUUACUGUGGGCCGAACAAUCAGUGUACGGUACCGAAUCAGUCGCUGCUGACGGCGCACGUGGAUUACACCUCGAAGCCGGCGAUCAUCUUCCGCAUUGCGGCGCGCAACGACAAGGGCUACGGACCGGCGACGCAGGUCAGGUGGUUGCAAGACCCCCAGUCAGCCAAGGGAUCUCCGGCCACCGGUGGUCCAGGCGCCGGAUCGUCUCCAUCGGCGGUGAAACGGCUCAACGAAAAGUCACCCUCGACGACGGCGAAACGGGCGAAAACGAGCGUCAAUUCGUCGAUGAUCGCUUCGCCGAAUUAAGGAUCAGAUCGGAUUGUGUUGUAGCAGAGAUGGCACUUGUAAAAUGUACAGACCGCGGAAUUUAGGCGAGGAUGAUCGUGGAACAAAUUGUGUAAAAAGGCAAAACAUAGAAUUUCAUUUUAAGCUACAUUAAGAAAAUAGGAGGAAGGUGAGGUACACACACACAACAAUAUAUAACGGUUAUAUAUAUUCAUCUGCGAAGAAUGAAUCGAAGUGGGGGGUGAAAGCGGGAACUGGGUAAUUGAGGUCACGGAUGCAUGAGAUUGAAAGGGGUUUCAUUUGGACAAUUUCCCUGUUCGGAAAAAGGGAAUCAUUUCAAGUUGUGGGUACCGAUUGGUUAUCCCCCUUCUACAUAUAUAUACAUAUAGAAGCAUAUAUACAUAUUAACGUAUAAAAAAAAACAUAAGCGCAAUUGGAGUUUGGCUUUUUUUGUCUCGUUAGUGAGUAGGAAAAUGAAGAAUGCGAAAUUUGCUAUUAACCAGUUUUAAGAAAGGAGAAUUACCUAGUAUAGUUAAUUUGAAUAACAAUAACAACAACAGCAGUAGACGGAAGAUUUAGAACAAGAGCAGUUAUGUUACUGAAGACGUACAGCUUAAAUGAAUGAACAUGUUAGUUUUAAAGGAAACACAUUGUAGCACAUGAAA